AUGCUCUUCUCCCUCUGUAUCAGCAGCCUGACGACCCAAGCCAUCUACCAGCAGGGUGACAAGUUCUAUUCCUCCCUGGUGGCCUUUGCUGCGGUGCUGGGGAUCCAGCCCCAGGGCCUCAGUAUCUAUAAGCCCUACCACUAUACCACCAAGCUCGCUGGCAUUGCCUGGCUGCGCGCGUGGGUGCAGUGGGUCAUCCAGUCCACCACCACUAUACUUAAGCGCGACCUCCUUCUAGGCUACCAGUCCCCUGCCCGCGUGCAGGCACUCGCAGAUACCCCCACUAUGCAGGGGUAUAGCUUCUCCUUCCUAAAGCUCCCAGCAAACCAGCUCAAG